ACGAGUGACGACAACAUUUGUAGGACUGACACGUAAUUAGAAGUCGAGCGGAAAACACCCCAACUCUCAACUCCCAGCUCUUCAAAACUGAAGACUCAAGCCCUUUCAGUUCUCCCAAUCGGCAAAGGUGCGAGAAAAACGGUGUGAAAAGUACCAUUCCAUGGCGAAGCUUCCUCAAUCUCUCUUCAUGAACUCUCCGCUCGCCGGCUCCGUUUCGCCACCUCAGAGCGCCAGCGGGACUCAAGGAGACAAGGAUCGCAAUAUGCAAUUAGUCCAGCAGUUGGUGCUGGAUCUCGGCAACCGCGAUCUCCGAGAGAACGCUCUUCUCGAACUGUCCAAGAUGAGAGAAUUAUUUCAAGAUUUGGCUCCAUUGUUGUGGAACUCCUUUGGUACUAUUAUUGCACUUUUACAGGAGAUAAUUUCAAUAUACCCUCUUUUAUCCCCACCAAACCUUACCCCAGGACAAUCUAAUCGAGUUUGUAAUGCACUUUCCCUUCUCCAGUCUGUGGCCUCACACCCAGAAACGAGACUGCCAUUUCUCAAUGCGCAAAUUCCGUUAUAUUUUUACCCUUUCCUUAGUACAACCAGCAAUUCAAGGCCAUUUGAGUAUUUAAGGCUUACUUCCUUGGGCAUCAUUGGUGCUUUGGUGAAGGUUGAUGAUACAGAGGUCAUCAGUUUCCUUCUCUCUACAGAAAUAAUUCCUCUGUGCCUAAAGAGUAUGCAGAUGGGCAACGAACCAUCAAAAACAGUUGCUACAUUUAUUCUUCAAAAAAUUUUGUUGGAGGAUGUGGGCUUGGAUUAUAUAUGUAUGACAGCGGAGCGGUUUUUUUCUGUAGCUCAAGUCUUGGGAAAUAUGGUGGCUGCACUUGCUGAACAACCCUCGUCACGCCUGCUAAAACAUAUUAUUCGCUGUUAUCUUCGGCUAUCUGACAAUCGGAGGGCUUGUGAUGCACUGACUAGCCGCCUGCCGGAGGUGCUGAGGGAUGGCACCUUCAGUGCUUCCCUUCAGGGAGAUGCCACAACAACAAGGUGGUUACAGCAAUUGCUUGACAAAGUCGAGGGACGUCGGGUUGCACUGCAGGCUGGAAGAGAAUUCUACCAUAUGCAAAUGAACUAAUCUUAAAGUGACAUGCAAGUGGUAUAUUAGCAUGCCAGGUACCCUGGAGACAAGCAGGAGAAAAGGCUAUGAGGAGGCCAAUGUUUAGUUUAACUCCAUGUUGAUCAUGUGCUAUGGAUCUUGUGUAGCCUUUGGAUUUAAAUGAGAAUUUUGUAUCGCAAUUGUAUAAACAAGGGUUAUGUAAGACUUCCAUGAUAAGGGUUUAUUCACUAGUUUGGGCGUGUGUUGCAGUUGUAAUUUCAAGUAGUGAGUUCCAUCUUUUGUAUUUAUUGCGAGUUGUAUAUGCAUUUCUUGUACAUAUAAAGGAAAUAUAGUGGAAACCCCUUUAUUUAGCUUUGAUUAAGCUUGCAGGUUCGAUUCAAUGCUUCCGUUGGUAAGGGUUUCCAUAACGCCCAUAGGUGAUGUUAACUUAUAUUUGAUAUCAUCAUGUAUUUGGAAAAGUGGGGCGUUACAUUAUUGUUGUGAAUCUGAUCUCUUGAAAAAGUAAGAAGAAAAGUGUAGUUGCAAGGUGCAGAAGCUGAAUAUCAAGCUAUGGCUUUUGGAACUUGUGACCCUUAUAUGGCUAAAGCACCUCCUUCAGGAGUUGAAAUUUGGUGAAGCAGGUCCUAUGAAACCUUUUUAUGAUAGCUAGGCAGCUUUACACGCUGCUUCUAAUUCAAUCUUUCAUGAGAAAACCAAACUCAUACAAAUUGAUUGGCAUUUUGUAGGGAGAAGUUACUUUCAGGAUAUAUAACUACUGACUUUGUUGACUCAAAUGAUCAGUUAGCUGACAUGUUUACCAAAUUGUUUAGAGGUUCUAGAGUGAGCUAUAUUUGCAACAAGCUGGGUGCUCCAGCUUGAAGGGGAUUGUUAGUAUACCUGUAUAUGUUGAUGAGUGUUUGAUAAAAUAAUUUUAGGAGUCAUUAUGGUGCACAUUAUCCUUUAUAAUGCCUAAUUAUUAGGCCUGAUUUCUAGCCUAUUAUUCUUUAAGAUAGUUCCCUAUCUCAGAUAUAAUAUGUAUAUAUAGGCUGUAAUAUUUCAAUAUAUAAAAAGCCGAAGUUUUUUUCUUUUCUGUUCUUACUGACAACGGUAUAGUAUAAGGGUAUUUAUGCAAAUAUUCUUGUAUUCUUUGGCCUUGUGUGUAUAUACAUACAUCAUACUUAGAAGCAUAUAGUCAGAUUGACUAACCCCAUUUUACAAUAAACACGUUUAUUUGUUGAAAAACUUGUUCAAUUAGUGAUCCAAAAUAAUAUAUAUCAACUGUUAGCGUAAUAGUAACAUAUAUUACUAAGGGACUUGGAAACGGAGCCAUGAGGCUUCUUGUGGAGGUGUGCCAGCGGGCAAUAAUGCAAACAAGUAAACUGCUAUAAUAUGUAAC